AUGGAGCGCGCGUUCGAGCGAAUCAAGCCCGGCGAGGACCCGCCGCCGCCGCCGCCCGAGCUCUUGCAGUGGGCGCGCGAGACGACGUACGGAUUGUGCGGUGGGAUCGUCUACGGCGCGGCGUCGGCGCACUACGCCGAACGACGACGCGUCGUGGACGCGAUGGAGAGCGCGACGAAGCGUAAACAUCGAAUCUGGACGCGAACGAUCUCCGACGUCACCCUGCACGGGAUGCGACUGGGAAGCUUUGUGUCCGUCUUCAGCGCGGCGCGCUUGGGAUUGGAAAAGCGACGCGACGCGAGGGACAUGUGGAACGUCGUCGGGGCGGGAAUGUUGACGAGCGCGCUCACGGGGAUGGCCAUACCGGGCGGUGUCGCGGUGCGAGCGCGAGGAGCGGCACUGGGCGUGGUCGUCGGCGGCGCUGCGACGCUGCCGUUCGGGUACGCGAUGCAAGAGUUGGAAAAGCUCGUGCCGGAACUCGUCGCGCCGGCGGCUGCGGCGGCUAUGAGUGAGGGCGAAUCUAGGAAAUUAGACGUAACUGAGAUGUUCAUAGAGCAAGUAGAAGCAGAAUUAGAAGAGUACAGGCGAGAGGAGCGCAAGCGAAGACGAGGUUGGUUUUGGAAAAGUUGA